AUGUCUCCAGCAUUCCAGUCAAGGGGUGCCCGUGGAGUACAGGCAUAUUUCUGUGUGCAGUGCGGCAGGAAUUUCUCGCAGACUAGAGACUUGGAGCGCACCCACACCAAAGAAAAGUCAUUUAUUUGCUUAUGUGGUGCAUCAUUCUGCAAGGAAGAUGCACCGAAGAUCCACGCUCGCAUCGCACACCAAGAUGGACUCACGCCACCAGGGGCAGUGCCCGAGCCGAUGUUCAAGACUGAUCUCCAGCCCCAAGUCCAGAAUGGAAAAAACGAUUUGGAUAGUGCCAGAACUCACCAAUACCGGGCUGAUGAUAUUACCCGGAGCUCAAGCAUCGACCCAACUUCAGAAUCAAAAGCUCCCCUGCCUGCUACUCUGCGAAAGGCAGAGCCCCGGGCCCAAAGUGGCAGGAUUGAUCCAGAUAUGUCCCAAAACAACCAAUCUCAUGUUGAUGAGACGCCAUCCUUUCGCGUCAUUUCUAUUGAGACGCAAUCAGCAGACGACAAGCUCGAGGCUGACCUCGCAGACUCCGUCUACAUAGAAUGGCAAGUAUGGUCGUUGCAGGGGCACCCAAUGUAA